GCUUUUGACAGGGCAUACAACCUCAAAACUCACAUGGACACGCACAACCCAAACAGACAAAAACCAUAUGUUUGCCCUCACCUUUCUUGUCAUCGUGCUUUCAGUCGUAAGCAUGAUCUUGGCAGGCAUAUCAUUAGCCUCCACCGCGAAAAUGCU